AUCAAAAUACACCUAAACAUCAGCAAACAUUAUUUGUUUUUCAGAUAUGACUGUAAAAAGCUGUGGGGUGUCUUUGAGCAGGCCUAUGUGGACAAGGAUCCAUGUAAAGUUCUAGUGGAAGCUUAUGAUCCCCUGAUUGCUGCAGCCCCCUUCAAACCUCAGUGCAACAAAACAAUGUUCUGGAGCAAAACAAAGGAUGUGGUCCACGGUUUCACUGACAAGAGAAAGGAUUGUUUUGUCACUUUGGAGGACACUCUGUUGGGAUCUGUCCUGGAUGGUCUGACGUGGUGUGGAAAAGAAGGCAGCAAGGAUACCUUCACUAGUGGGUGUCCCGGAUGGUCAGAGUGUGAAAACAACCCUGUUCGCUCGUUUUGGAUUUGUGCCUCUGCUGCUUUUGCAGAUGUUGCCUGUGGUGAUGUCACAGCAAUGUUAAACGGAUCCAUCAACACACCAUUCAAUCCUACAAGUAUUUUUGCAAGCGUUGAGGUGCCGAGGUUUAAUGCCUCUAGGGUCAAGAAGCUGAAUGUUGUUAUGGUCAUACAGAAGAACAACAUGUAA